AUUUUCCCACAUUUCACAUUGCUUAUUUCUCAGUCUCUCUCUGUGUGUUUGUGUGUCUCUGGAGAGAAAAUGGAAGCUAACACAGCUUCCAACUGGUUUUUACUCUCUAUGGUUUUGUUUCUGAGUCUUCAGCUGACACAGUGCAGUGUCACUUAUGAUAGGAAGGCACUUAUCAUUAAUGGGCAGAGGAGAAUUCUCUUUUCUGGGUCUAUACACUACCCUAGAAGUACCCCUCAGAUGUGGGAAAGUCUAAUACAGAAAGCCAAAGAUGGUGGUUUAGAUGCUAUAGAUACCUAUGUGUUUUGGAAUCUUCAUGAACCUUCUCCUGGAAAUUAUAAUUUCAAGGGCAGAUAUGAUUUGGUUCGAUUUAUCAAGAUGGUCCAGAAAGCUGGGUUAUACAUGCAUCUUCGCAUUGGGCCUUAUGUUUGUGCAGAGUGGAAUUUUGGGGGGUUUCCUGUUUGGUUGAAGUAUGUUCCAGGCAUUAGCUUUAGAACAGAUAAUAAGCCUUUCAAGUUGGCAAUGCAAAAGUUUACCCAGAAAAUUGUUCAAAUGAUGAAGGAUGAAAAGCUAUUUGAGUCUCAAGGUGGCCCCAUCAUCCUCUCACAGAUUGAGAAUGAAUUUCAGCCUGUAAGCAAGGUAAUUGGAACUGCUGGUCAUGCUUAUAUGACUUGGGCUGCAAAGAUGGCUGUUGGAAUGGGUACCGGGGUCCCAUGGGUUAUGUGCAAGGAAGAUGAUGUCCCCGACCCAGUGAUAAACACGUGCAAUGGUUUUUAUUGUGACUACUUCUCUCCAAACAAACCUUACAAACCCACAUUAUGGACUGAGGCCUGGAGUGGCUGGUUUACAGAAUUUGGUGGCCCAAUUCACCAGCGACCAGUUCAAGAUUUGGCAUUUGCAGUUGCUCGGUUCAUUCAGAAGGGAGGCUCCUUUGUCAAUUAUUACAUGUACCAUGGAGGAACAAACUUUGGAAGAACUGCUGGUGGCCCUUUCAUUACUACCAGCUAUGAUUAUGAUGCUCCAAUUGAUGAAUAUGGCUUGAUCAGGCAGCCUAAGUAUAGCCAUCUGAAGGAACUCCAUAAGGCUGUUAAGUUAUGUGAGCGAGCUUUGCUUACUGCUGAUCCCACCAUUACAUCCUUGGGAAGUUACGAAAAGGCACAUGUAUUCUCUACCAAGUCAGGACAUUGUGCAGCUUUUCUCUCAAAUUACAAUCCAAAGUCUUCUGCAAGGGUGACUUUCAAUAACAAGCACUACAACUUGCCACCUUGGUCCAUAAGCAUCCUUCCUGAUUGCAAAAAUGAAGUCUUCAAUACUGCCAAAGUUAGAGUUCAGACAUCCCAAGUGAAAAUGUUGCCUACUAAUGUUAGGUUUCUUUCUUGGGAUACAUUUAAUGAAGAAAUAUCCUCAGCUAAUGAUGAUUCAACAAUCACCGUCUUUGGUCUCUUGGAUCAGUUGAACCUCACCAGAGAUGCUAGUGACUAUCUCUGGUACAAAACGAGUGUUGAUAUUAGUCCAUCAGAAUCAUUUCUUCAUCAAGGCCAGCAUCCAACUAUCACUGUGCAGUCAGCUGGUCAUGCUAUGCAUCUGUUUAUCAAUGGGCGUCUUUCAGGUUCGGCCUUUGGGACUCGGAAGAAAUUGAGAUUUACUUAUACAGGAAAUGUUGACCUGAAAGCUGGAGCAAACAUAAUUUCACUACUCAGUAUAGCUGUUGGAUUGCCUAACAAUGGUCCACACUUUGAGACAAGGAGCACAGGAAUCAUAGGACCAGUUGUCAUACAUGGGCUAGACCAUGGAGAAAGGGAUUUGUCCCGGCAGAAAUGGUCAUACAAGGUUGGGCUUCGAGGAGAAUCCAUGAAAUUAGGUUCUCCAAACUCUUUCUCAUCAGUUGGUUGGAUGCAAGGGUCCUUAAUGGCACAUAAACAACAGCCAUUGACGUGGUAUAAGACCAGUUUUGAUGCACCAGAAGGAGAUGAGCCCUUGGCUUUGGACAUGACUGGCAUGGGGAAGGGUCAAGUGUGGAUCAAUGGGAAGAGCAUAGGAAGAUUUUGGAACGUCUAUGCUAAUGGCAACUGCAACGGAUGCAGUUAUUCUGGUACAUUCCGGCCUAUAAUAAAGUGCCAAUUUGGUUGUGGCCAUCCAACUCAACAAUGGUACCAUAUUCCUCGUUCAUGGUUGAAGCAAACUAAAAACUUAUUGGUAGUUUUUGAGGAAAUUGGUGGGGAUGUAUCUAGAAUUGGAAUUGUGAAAAGAUCAGUUACAAGUAACUCAGAGACCUCAAUUGUCUGUGCUGAGGUCUCUGAGUAUCAUCCAAGCAUUGAGAAUUGGCGUGUUGAGAGUGAUGGAAAAUCAGAAGCACUAGACAUGCCUGAGACUAGCCUACAUUGUGCACCCGGACAGUCCAUUUCUGCAAUUAAUUUUGCAAGUUUUGGAACUCCAUCUGGGACUUGUGGGAGUUUCCAGCAUGGAACCUGUCAUGCCCCAAGCUCACAUGCUGUCCUAGAGAAGGAAUGCAUAGGUCAGCAGGAAUGCUUGGUGACCAUAUCAAACAGUAGCUUUGGUGCAGACCCAUGUCCAAAUGUAACAAAAAAAUUAUCAGUGGAAGCUGUUUGUGCCUCUACAAAUACAACAAUAGCCAGAACCAAUUCAAGGCUUUGAGAAGAAGAAAAGGAAUUCUAACAUCAUACCAACAUUGGAACAAUUAUAUUCAUUUCAAAGUGCAUCAGAAGAGUUUGAAGUAGCAGCAAUUGAUUAAAGGAAUAAGAUAGUGGGAAAGUAAUAGUUAGAUUUAUCAUUUAUGGAAUAUCACAUUCAUAUGUAUUGCAAAUGUAAGUUAAGUUCUAGGUAUGGUUUCUGAAGUUGUAAGUGCUUCCAUUCAGUUGUAAAAGUUAACCAAGAGAGGGCAAGGAAGUGAAAAAUAAACAGCACAGUUAAAAGUAAUUAACAUUAAGCCAAACCAAACAAAAUGUGACACGUUUUUCAUAAAAGAAGAAGCUUCUCAAUCA